UCGGUAUCCCAGCUUCCAUCGCGGUACCGCCCCCGAUUACUCACUUGUCGGUCAGAGGGGAGGCCUCUUUAGUUUGCAUCUUGCUAAAUCAAAGAAAAACUUUACCACUCCGCACAUAUUUUGUGGCUUUCUGUAGUUUUACAAUGGAGCCUUCGGGAAGUACUCCGAGCAACCACACCCUGAACUCAACUGGUGAUGGCUGUCCCUGGGAGGUCAGUGACAAGGCCAGACUGUGCCGCUUCCUCUGCUAUGGCUCGGAGGGAGACUUGUACACUGCAAGAGAGGAGGGGCAUGUCAGCAUGGAGAACGCCGGAGCUCUGCUGUCCCUGCUGCAGGAGAGCCGAGGUGCCGAGGUGGUGGAGGAGAUAAAAAGGUUCACUCAGAAUGGGAGAGCUGUCCAACUCGGUCCCUCCUUUUUUGCCUUGGCUUUGUGCUCCCAACACUCGGAGCUAAAGACCAGACAGGCAGCAUUUAAAGCCCUGAAGGAAGUUUGUCAGGACCCUGCCCACCUGUUUUCUUUCAUAAAUAACAAGAAGGAACUGAAAGAGGGGAUGAAGUGUGGUAUUUGGGGACGUGCCCUGAGGAGAGCAGUGUCUGACUGGUACAAUGAGCAAGAUGCCAUGAGUCUGGCUGCGGCUGUGACCAAGUGUAAACAGAGAGAGGGAUGGUCACACCAGGACCUGCUUAGGCUCUCACACACUAAACCAGCUAAUGAAGCAAUUGCCUUGAUCUGCAAAUAUGUAACAAAAGGAUGGAAAGAAGUCCAGCUUGCUUACUCUGACAAAGAGAACUCAGAAGAGGUUGUCAAAGUGCUUUCGUAUCUUGAAGUGGUGGAGAAGGUCAAGCACAGUUGUGAUGAAACGGAGGUCAUCAAUUUAAUAGAGGAACACAAACUGGAGAGGGAACAGCUGCUGACAGACCAUCUGAAGUCUAAGCAGGUAUGGAGAGCUUUGUUAAAGGAAAUGCCUCUCCAAUCAGUGCUAAAGAUCUUGGGUAAGAUGACAUCAAAAAAAAUUCUUGAACCAGGAAGUUCAGAAACACAAGCUGUGUGUGACAGAAUCCAGAGUGAGACGGCCCUGACGAAGGCAAAGAUCCACCCUUUCAACAUACUUUUGUUUUCUGAAAACUACAAAAGAGGCCAAGGCUAUCAGGGUAAAACAAAAUGGGAACCAGUCAGCAGCAUCCUCAAAGCAAUGGACUCUGCCUUUUAUAAGAGUUUUAUGAAUGUGGAGCCUGUGGGUAAACGCUUCGUAGUGGCAGUAGACGUGAGCACAUCACUAAGCAGCAUUGUCCCAGGGACGUCAAUCAGCACUGCUGUCGCCGCUGCAGCUAUUACCAUGAUUUUUGCAAGGACAGAGGCAGACACACAUGUGCUGGCCUACUCUGAAGGAGCUUUGGUUCCAUGCUCUGUCUCUGCGGACAUGAAUCUCACACAAGCAACAUUUGAACUGGUUAAGAUACCAGGUGGCAGCACAGACUGCACCCUUCCCAUCACAUGGGCCACAGAAAAUGGGAAAGCUGUAGAUGUGUUCAUCAUUCUGACCAACAACCCAUUGUGGACGUUCACUGCCAGCCCAGUGGAGUCUCUGAAGAAGCACAGACAAAAAUCCGGGGCCAAUUCCAAAUUGGUGAUGUGUGGGCUGACUUCCAUUGGACACGCCAUUGCAGACACAGAAGACAGGCGUUUACUGAGCAUUUGUGGCUUCGACCUUGGAGCUUUGACCGUCAUUCGUGACCUGGCCCAGGAUCUGAUCUGAUAAGGAAUUUGGGGUUGUCUCUAAAUCGUGUUGUUGGAGCACAAAAAGGAAGGCACAAAGUGUACCAACUUGGCUCACUUAGCAUGUAGAGUGCCCUAAAAAUCCAAAAGAUUUUGGCAAUUACAAUUCCUAAUUCUCUUUUUGUGUUUUGUCGCUUACAAAUCAAUAGACAAAUUGUCCAGCGGGCUGGACAACACUCAGCAAAUUUUAUGUGCAUAUUUUUUUUUUCAGAAAUUUGAAAAGGAAUUGAUAAGAUAUGAUAUGUCAUUGCAUAUCAUACUGUCAAGAGUGUAAGUGCAAACAGCACUCUGUAUGUUAAGUGCUUUGAUGGUUUUUGGUGAGACACUAACCCAUUGAACAAUAAAUUCCACUCAUUUAUAGCUAGAUGUUGGUAGAUUAAAUAAGAGGAACAGUGUAAGAGUCAGAAUGUUUGAGGCUUAGUGCAACUGUAGGUUUAUUUUAAGGCGAUUCACUGUUUCUAGUAUGUAUGUAUGUAUGGUAUGAUUUGAGCAGGUUUGAUAUGAUGGUAGAGGCAUUUUAAAUUUGAAAGCCUGUCCCUCCGUAUUAUGUAGCAUCAUUAUAAAUAAUUACGGUGUACUGUAAAAGAGAGGAGUUGAAAACUAAAGCACUACAAGUUGAAACAUUCUAUUGACUUAUUUGGUCAGAAAAUGUUUUUUUUUUUUUUAUAAAGUAAUAUACAUGUCUAGAAUUCAAUUUACACAACUCUUGCCUUUAGUCUAGGUACAAUUUGUAGUUAUAUUAACAUUGGUUUUCCCUUAAGACAAUUUUUCUUUCAAAACAGAAUUUUCUGUUCUGCUCUUGUCCAAUUUAUCCUUUAAAGCAAUGGUUCUCAAACGUUUUACACCGCGUACCACUUCAGAAAAUAUUAGGCUCUCUAAGUACCACCAUCAUGGCCCACAUUAAAAUAGAGUAGCAUACGCUUACCCUACAAUAUUUAUUGUUGACAGCCACAACCACGCUGUACUUCCUCUGUAUCGCUUCAACUGAAUCCAAAUUUGAGGCGACUUGGGUCAUAUUUUCUUACUGUUUUGCAUAAUUUGCUACUAGCAGGCGCUGUGGAGACUUCACUGCAGCUGCUUAAGUAGCGGCAGUAAGUAAAAAUAUUACAAUUAAACAAACACUUAUUUUUUUUUUAUAUUUAAGUAUUAUUAUCAAGUCAACUGUGCCGGACAUACGGAGCAAUUGAAAAUACGUUUCUCUCCGACCCACGGUGCAAUAAAGACGUUUAUCGGUGUUUUUUGCCCCCAAGGCACCGUUGGGAGGCACUGGUUAAGGUUAGGG